CGUUCGCUCAAGGCCCAAUGGCGAAGCAGGGGAAGCAGAUAUCAUUCCGCCACCGCGCCUGAAGCUAUGGCCGUGGCGCCGUUUCCGCCGCCGCCUCUCCUCGCCUCGCACGCCGCCGUCCGAGCCGCAGCCUCACGCGUCGUCGCAUCCCGGCCUAUCCGCGUCGCCGGCGAAGACUGCCACCACAACCCGCCGCAGGUCGCGGCCCUCCGGCGCGGCGACUGGGUGAAGCUCAUCUGCGGCGCCAGCUUCGAGGAUGCUGCCGAUGUCCGGAAUCUCUCCCUUGUCUACACGCUGGCUGGAGUGGAUUGCAUUGAUUGUGCAGCAGAUGCAUCUGUAGUCAGUGCGGUGAAUGAAGGUAUUGAUGUAGCAGCCUCAAUUGUACCAGAAGUUCAAAGGCCUUGGGUGAUGGUUAGCGUUAAUGAUGAUUGCAGAGAUCUUCAUUUCCGCAAAGCUGGAUUUGAUCCUGAAGAUUGCCCACCGAAUUGCUCAAAGCCAUGUGAGAAAGUUUGUCCUGCUGAUGCAAUAUCACUAAAGAGGGUCAUGGUUGGAGAACAUGCUCAGUCCGAUCCAAUAUGUGAUAAACUUGAGGGUGGUGUCAUUAUGGAACGAUGCUAUGGCUGCGGUAGAUGCUUAUCAGUUUGCCCUUAUGACAGAAUAAGUGCUAUGUCCUAUGUACGAGAUCCUGCCACGACAGCUGAACUGUUGAAAAGGAGUGAUGUUGAUGCAAUAGAAAUACAUACCACUGGAAAGGGAAUUGGUAUGUUUAGUACGCUCUGGAACAGCUUGGGUGAGUCAAUCAAUAAUGUGAAGUUGGUCGCAGUAAGCCUGCCUAAUGCUGGUGCAUCAACAAUUGAUUUCAUGAAUGCAACAUACACGAUAAUGCAGUCUAAUCUGGAAGGGUAUAAUCUUUGGCAGUUAGAUGGUCGUCCUAUGAGUGGUGACAUCGGUCGAGGUGCAACAAGGGAAACUGUUUCUUUUGCUGUUGAUCUGACUUCAGUACAAGAUAGGCCUCUUGGCUUUUAUCAGCUGGCUGGUGGCACCAACUUAUACACUGUAGAUUGCUUAAAGAAAGCUGGUCUUUUCAUGGCUAGGACUUUACCUGGGACAAGAACUACUGAAAAGGUUGGUUCCCAGGAAGCUCUAAUAGGAGGAAUAGCUUAUGGUGGCUAUGCUCGCAAGAUUGUUGGAAGAGUUCUGCGCAAAAUACCAUCAGAACUUGGGCGCGUACGCAUCGAGGAUCAUCCAGGAUAUCUCCUAGAGGCAUUGCAGGAAGCCUUGUCCUUAGUAGGCCCUGUGAAGGGUUAUUCAGCUCUGGAAACAUGAGUAAAAAUGUCAUCGCUGUGCUCUUUCCCGAUCAACAGGGGUGCUGCUGCGUGGUUCGAAUAGAUCUUUCAUAGCUGCAUCCUGUUCUUUCAAGGAGUAUGCCACCGAUGUAGCGUCUAUGGAAGCAGCCGCGGUUCUCGAGGGGCUGUGUCUUGGGGAAGAGGUAGGUAUCUCAACCCUGUCUGUAGAAUAUGAUUCACAAGAAAUUGUCCAAGCUAUUCUGGAUCCAUCAAA